GUUUAUUCUUAUGUCGGGGGGAGUAGGGAGAAAAGAGGGGGCCAUGGGGACUCUUUUUUUGACAAAGGAAACCCUUCCAGAAGCUGUUGGGAUGGGGAACCAGAACCCAGGAUCUCCUCUUCCUUGAUCAGCGGAGAGCCUUCUGGCAGCAGAGAGCUGGAUAGUGAGGAGACAUUUUGCAAGGACUCCACAACUGAAGCUGCACUAUCAAGUUGUAGGUGGCGUGAACCCCAAUGGCUUCAAAGCUCUAUGUUCUCAUCAGCUGGCCUGACGGGAGCAGAGUCAUCAAUAUAGAAAACAUCAAAGAGCCCCCAAAACCAUUUAACCUCUAUUCAAUGGAGUGUCAAGAUGUCCUGGAGAAGAAACUUCAGAAAGAGAAACACCUGCUUAAAACAUUCAAGGAGGGGCUGGAAGCAUUUGCCCCCCCACCCGCUGGUAAGAAAUCAAAGAAGAGUUUUCCCAAGUGGGUGCCGGGCACACCAUCAGAGAAAAAUCAAGGUGGCAGAAUUCUUUCUGUUGACUACCCACCGGUAUCAAACUCCCAGAGUGCUCCUGCUGCUUCUGAUAUCACCUCUCCCCUCACCAAGGAAAGGCUUAUUCCAGAGCAACCCGUCAUCCACCGCGCCAUAGCCCCACAGUCGUCGUUGGUCGGUGCUUUUAGCUUCCCCACUUCCUUCCUGGAGCGGGGUGAAGCAGGGACAUCUCAAAAGGAAGAAGCACACCCCCAGCUGAAGAAUGAAACGGAGACCAGAGGCUGUGUUUCCCUGGCAUUGAAAAGGAAGGCGGAUGGCAUUGUAGUUCGGUGUCAAGAACAUGUCCACAGAGCAAGUUGUGAUGACUUCAAAAGCAAAAGUGCUCCAGAAAUGAAUGAAUUUGACAUCUGCCAGAAAAGCUUCCGGCCUUGUGAAAUGGAAAGGGAGAAGAUUGGACAUCUGGAGCGACUGGUGUGGGAUUUGCAGCGGGAAGUUCUUUCCUUGAAGAAGAAGGUUCAGAGGUUGGAAUCUGCAUCUCUGCAGGAAGAAGCCCCCGGACCACAGUUCCAGAUGGUGGAGUUGUUCAAUGGUUACACCAGGGAGCAGUUGAGAGAGACCAUCCGCUUUGACCAGAAGGUCAGCACAGCCUGCAAGACGCUGCUCUAUAAGCUCUUCACCUCCGACUACAUCCAGAGCCACUCCAUCACAGGCCGCAGGGGCAACACUUUUCGGGAGGCCAAGCCCAUGAUGGACGAGCGCUGCAUCAAGGUCAUCCGGCUCCUGUUGAAGCAGAAGUUUGGGGAUAACCUCAGUGACACAGUCAUCACCGAGAAGAUCCAAAAUGUACAGAAAGCUCUGAGGCAGAAGUACAAGGCAGAGUGUCUGUAAGCUCGUUGUGGGCAGGGAAUACAUCUGCUAAUUCUGUUACACCGCAUAUUCCCAAAUGCUUGGUACAGAGCUCUGCAAGUAAUAGCGCUUAGAACAGUGCUUUGCACAUAGUAAGCACUAAACAAAUGCCAUCAUUAUUAUUAGUAAGCACUCAAUAAAUACCAUUGGUUGUGUUACAAUCCUAGCCAGAGUUCAGCUGUCUGGAAUGCGAGGCUUUCAGGAUCCUUUGGUAUGAGCAGAGCAGUUCACUGAGACAAGGAGCAGAAGUCUUAGUGCGAGAAUGUGGAGCAGGGACAGGUCAUCGGCAUUUUUCUUUGAAAUUCCAACAAGCAAUUUUGAAUAUUUCCCCACCCCCCUCCUCCUACCAUCUUUUCCCAUUUUCCAUACAGUUUGGCUGCAGAACAUUUACAAACUAUUAUGAGAUGGGGGAGAACCUUUUGUCAUAAAGGCAUCUCCAGACUCUAGGUAGGUUACUAAUGAUAAUUUAUCCAAUCGAUCAGUGGUAUUUGUCAAUCACUGGGUGCCGUAUCAAGCAUUUGAGGAGAGUACAGUGGAGUUGGUAAACCUGACACUGUGCUCUUUCACAAUGACUGUUGCUACCAUGUGUUCUGGAUAGAACACUGUUAGAGAAUUAGGGAAUCUUCUUCUGACAAUGCAUUGCAAUGGACUCUCCCAAGUGCUUAAUACAGUGCUCUGCACACAGUAAGUCCUUAAUAAAUACAAUUGAAUGAA